CACAUUAACUUUUUUAGGCCUCUUCUUCCUUUCCUCACCCAAAACCUUAAUAAAAGCUUUUCUUUUCUUCUUUAUAAUCUCUAAAAACUCACUCAUAUCGGAGCAGUACUGCUAGUGCCUUGGUGAUCAUCAUCAUCAUCAUCAUCAAAACCCCACCUGACUUUUCGGCUUGUAUUUGUUUUUCUUGGUGAAAUUUAAACAAGCUUCGUUAUUAUUAUGAUGGCUGUUGACCUACACCGCGGUGGGGAUUUAAUACUCUCUUCUUCUGAUCAAUUCCACCUCUCUGACAUUAACGACGAUGGCUUUAGUUUCUCAGAAAUUUUAGGAUUCGACGACCCUUCAAAGCCUUGGCAACAUAAUAGUAGUUUUGAUGAUGAGUUUUCAAGUAAUGGGUUUUCCUCGCCGGUGAGUUCUUCCGCCGAUCAAUCGGAGACUGAACAGAAAAUCGACGACUAUUGCAUUGCCGAGUUGACUCGUGAUCAGAUGACUCACGGCUUGUUUGAUCCAGAUGAUGAUAAACGGUGUCGUUUCCCUGGUUUAAUUAGUAGCCCAGGAAAACAGAACAAGACAAAGGAUUUCGGAGUAUGGGGUUCGAAUUCGAGUCGGGUCGGAACAUGGUCUCCGUUAGGUUCGAGUUAUGGAAGCCCAGAAAGGUCUUCUCAUGAGCCAACGCCGCCGGCCACGCCACUGGUCGAAAAACGACAGCUCCCUUGGGAUUACAGCAGUUUCGAGAUAACAUCAAAGCUUGAAGAUUUAAAUAUAAUAAGCAAUAACGAAGGCUUCAGCAAACAUUCGAGUAGUAAUAAUCAAAAUCAGAGCUUACUAGCUACUUCAAAUCUAAAAACUUCAGGAUUUCGCCGUAACCAACCUCAAACUCUAGAUCAAAUUCAAGCUAUUCGUUUUCGUAAGGUGAAGCAAGAGCUGAUUCCAAAGCAGAAAAGCACAACAGGAAAGAGAAUAAUACAAAAUCAAGAACAAAAUCUCAAUCUUCCAUACGUGAAGAAGGACAGACCAACACCAAAACGUCACCCUUGGGUUUCCCCGGUAAUUAACCAGAAGCCCCAACAACAGCAGCAGCAACCAUUGGGUUCGGGUAUGCGAGCGGUUUUUCUUGGCGGGUCGGGUUCUGCAAGUGGGUCUAGUGGGACCGGAGUAUUUUUACCUGGUGUAAUUGGCGAAACAUCACAGUCUCGCAAAAAAAAAGGAUGUUCACCAGUUUUAAUACCAGCAAAAGUAAUGCAGGCACUGAAAGUUCACUUUGACCGAAUGGAUAACAUGUCUGGACAAAAUACUACUGAUUUUUUCUCAGUCCAACAACACGAUAUUAUUAUUAAUAACUCAAAGAAAAAUGGGAAAAAUUCACAAAAGAAGGGACAGUACUCUAGGACAGCGCAGGCCAUGCACCAGAACGAGAUCGGUCUUCCUCAAGAUUGGACUUACUGAAGAAACAGUCAAUUUAUAUAGUGAUAAUUAAUAAUGGUUGUUCUUUUAUAAGUUGAAAUAAUAAAAAGGGUCCAGUACAGAAUAAAAAGGAAGAAAUAUGUGGAACAACACUACUUGUGGAUUGAAUGCAGGGAAUCCCCAAUAGAUAAUAUCUUAGGUGAAGUAGGAGAAAUAAGUACCAAACUUGAAGAAUACAUUUUUUUUCUUGGGUAGUUUAUCUUUCUGGUGGAGGAUGGUUGUAAGAGAUGGAAGGGACUACAGUACUAUUGCUAUAUGGUAUCUAGUCUAUUAUUGUUGUUAAUUAAGGAUGCUUCUUACAUCCAUACUAAUAAACACUAAUGAAUUAAUAUACAGCUCUAGCUAGCUUGUCCUAUAA